AUGCAAUGCUCUUCCAUGGCUCCCUUCACAUAUCCAAAUAUGGCUUCUCCACAAAUACUUUUGAUUUAUAUUACAUUUCUUUGCAUUUUUGGAAACUUUGUUUCUAGUCAAUUCACCAAUUUUAGUACGUUAGUAUUGCCUUCAGGAGUCACCGGUCCUGAAUCAGCUGCAUUUACAAGACUUCCAGUUACUGGACCCUUUACCACCGUAACUGAUGGUAGGAUUAUGAGAUGGAGAGGACCUAGAAUCGGUUUUGUGGAUUUCGCAUUUACAUCUCCAACAAGGACAAAGAGACGAUGUGAUGGCACCACAGAUCCUAACAUGGGACCAACAUGCGGACGACCAAUGGCUCUUAGUUUUCACCCGGCAACCAACCUUCUAUACAUAGCCGAUGCAUAUCGUGGACUUCUGGUUGUGGGCCCCCUCGGUGGGCUUGCAACUCAGCUAGCCGGAGGGUUCAAGUUUCUUAGUGGCGUUGACGUUGACUUGUUAACAGGCAAUGUUUAUUUCAGCGAUGUUAGUUUGACUUAUACUAUCAGAGAUGUUACACAACCAGGAUUUAGGCCUGAUUCAACAGGGAGGUUCAUGCGUUACAACCCACGUACCAAACAAGUGUCGGUUUUGUUGAGUGGUCUCAACGGUGGUGGUGGACCUGCAGUCAGCAGCGAUGGAACAUUUGUUCUUGUUCCUGAGCUUACUGGCAAUCGGAUUUCAAAAUACUGGCUUGCGGGGCCCAAAGCAAAUACCGCGGAACCUUUGCUAAAUGUUACUAAUCCAAAUAAAAUAAAGCGUGCAAGUGGAUAUGGAGAGUUUUGGGCGGCGGUUUCAGAUGGAUUCAUGCCACCGUCGCCUCUCAUUACACCUCAAGGGGUGCGGUUCGAUUCAAAUGGGCUUGUGCUACAAACGAUAUCAUUCGCUAAAGAGUUUGUCAACAAGACAAUUAGUUUGGUUCAAGAACAAGAUGGAAAACUGUAUGUGGGGUCUCGUUUUACUAAUUUCAUCGGUGUUUACUCUAAUUAGACAUGUGUGUGUUGCUUUGUGUUGUACUAUGAAAUAAAAGGUGAAUGAUGUUAAAAUAAAAGGGCAACCUAGUAUAAAGGU